GAGUGACAAACAUGGCAGGCAGAGUUGGGAAGCAGAGUCGUCCCACCUCUGGAACUGGAAAUGCCAACAGAAAAGGUGCUGCCGACCAAGAAGAAGAGGAGCAGCCUCUUCAGGCUGUCCUAAUUGCCGACAGUUUCAACAGGAGAUUCUUUCCCAUUUCAAAAGAUCAGCCAAGAGCUCUUCUGCCGCUAGCCAAUGUGGCUAUGAUCGACUACACCCUGGAGUUCCUCACUUCCACUGGUGUCCAGGAAACCUUCGUCUUUUGUUGCUGGAUGUCCAAUAAAAUAAAAGAGCACUUGCUGAAGUCGAAAUGGUGUCGUCCCACCUCCCCGAACACGGUACACAUCAUCACGUCUGACCUGUACCGCUCCCUUGGGGACGUGCUGAGGGACGUGGACGCCAAGUCCCUCGUGCGCUCCGACUUCCUUCUGGUCUACGGGGACGUGGUGUCCAACAUCGAUGUCACCCAGGCCCUGCAGGAGCACCGGCACCGCCGUAAAGUGGAAAAGAAUGUCUCGGUGAUGACAAUGAUAUUCAAAGAGUCCUCGCCUGGCCACAAGUCCCGCUGCGAGGAGGACAACGUCAUCGUCGCCAUGGACAGCAAGAGCAGGCGCGUGCUUCACUACCAGAAGACUCACGGGCUGAAGAGACUGCAGUUCCCCAUGAACAUAUUCCACAGUGGGAGUGAUGAGUUUGAAAUACGACAUGACCUUCUGGACUGCCACAUCAGCAUCUGUUCCCCGCAGGUUGCAGAGUUGUUCACAGACAACUUUGACUACCAGACAAGGAAUGACUUUGUACGUGGGAUCCUGGUCAACGAAGAGAUCCUGGGGAACCAGAUCCACCUGCAUGUGACGGCGGAUGGCUACGGGGCGCGCGUGUCCAACCUGCUGAUGUACGACGCCGUCUCCUCGGACAUGGUGCGGCGCUGGGUGUACCCCCUCACCCCUGAGGCCAACUUCACCGACCAGGAGGGCCAGGGCUGCACGCACUCGCGCCACAACGUGUACCGCGGCGCCGGCGUCAGCCUGGGCCACGGCAGCCAGAUGGAGGAGAACGUGCUGAUCGGCCGGGAGACCAGCAUCGGCGCCAACUGCCACAUCUCCAACAGCAUCAUCGGCAACAACUGCACGAUCGGGGACAAUGUGGUCCUGGAUCGGGCCUACAUCUGGAACAACGUCCGCAUUGCCAAAGGAUCGAAGAUCACGCAGUCUGUCCUGUGCGACAGCGUGGAGGUGAAGGAGGGAGUCACGCUGAACUGCCAGUGUGUCCUGGCGUACAACGUGGUUGUUGGCCCGAAUAUUUCUCUCCCGGAAGGCACCGUGGUGUCGAUGCAUCACCCUGAUGAGGAAGAGGAGGAAGAUGAGGACGAGUUUCUGAGCGACGAUGCUGCAGUCAGCAACAGCCAAGCCAAAACAAAACUCAAAGCCUUCAGUGCUGCCGAAGUUGGCACAGAGGGCAGAGGCUUCAUCUGGAGGGCGAGCAGCCUGCCGGAGGCAGAGGAGGAUGAACUGGCACAGUCCCUAUGGGGGCUGGAGUUGAACCCUGACCCGGAGAGUGACAGCGAGAGUGAGAUGAGCGAGGGCUCGCAUGACCCGGGAAGCCGUGGAGUGUCGCCCGAGCUGGACGAUGUCAAAGUAUUUCAGACAGAGGUACUGGGGACAUUACAGAGAGGCAUGGAGGAGAACAUUAGCUGUGACAAUCUGGUGCUGGAGAUCAACUCUCUGAAGUAUGCCUACAACAUCAGUCUGAAGGAAGUGAUGCAGAUCCUGACAAAGGUGGUGCUGGAGUUCCCUUUCCAGCAGCAGGGCCCCCAACUGACAGCCGCCCAGUACUGCUCUCUGCUGCUGCCGCUGCUGAAGAAAUGGGCUCCUGUCUUCAAGAACUACAUUAAGAGAGCCCAGGACCAUCUGGACUGCCUGGCAGCCAUGGAGGAGUUCUUUCUAGAACACGAGGCCUACUGGGGAGCCAUGGUGAAAGUCCUGAUGAGUGUCUACCAGCUGGAGAUUUUAGACGAGGAGGCCAUAAUGCGCUGGUUCUCUCAUGGCGUCACUUCAGAUAAGAGCCGCCUACUUCGCAAGAACCAGGGGCUUUUGAAGUUCAUCCAGUGGCUGGAGGAGGCAGAGGACGAGUCAUCGGAGGAGGAGGUGGAUGCCGCGUAAGCUGGGGGGGGGACGUCUUGGGAACAGCCCCUCGGAGUGGUGGCCCCAUACCUGCAAAGCGAGAACUGGGGUCACGUGGGGGUGUGCGGGCAGGCCUGUCAAAGGAGCCUGUGGCGUGUGGUAUUGGCUUGCAUUCAGUUCUCUUCUUGUUGGGUCAUUGCUUUUUUAACUUAUUUUGUACAAUGCAGACUAGCUUAUUUCAAACAGACAUGAAAUAUGAAGGUAGAAAGGGCUCUCUGUGAUGAUCUGAUAGUGAGCCCUUUUCCCACAAAUGAACAAGGUGAUCUUUUUAGUGAGCAUGUUGAGUAAGAAUGGUUAUAUUAUAAUAACUGCAUUGUAAAAAUGUUAACUCAGCAAAAAAGGGAUACCCUGCUGGCACCAAAUUCAUAAAGAUACAGCAAACUGCAAGAUAGUUAUUUUUGUCAUUGCCUUCUUAAACACUGAGGUCCAAACCUAAGGCUGAGGUAUGAACAACUCAACCAAAUACAUUUUCUGUUUAAUGAAAAUGUAGAGUUAUUUAAGUCUGGUCUUGAAUGAACUGUGACUGUUGGGAUAAAAUUAGACAUAUUAUGGAUUAUUGCUGUGGUCAUCAAAGCAUAACUACAUGCUUUGCUCAGACAGUUACUGCCAGUGGCAUAUUACAAUUAUAACUCCCCUCGGUGCCUUUUUGGAUGCUAUGAAUUUUAAUCUGUUUCAGACAACAGUUACCCGUAGGCCAGUAAAAAUGUCUUGCAGUUGAUUUUUGUCAGUUGCCUCUUGAUAUGUGUGCAAAAAGGGUGAAUUGUAGGUCAGGUUUGGCUAACUUCACUCCUGGACAGGCUGAUAUCUUUCAGUCAGCAGCUGAAUGACACCCAGCAUAACACGAUUCAAGCUCCUGAUUGAUUCUUCAUUCCUCUUGUGAGAUGCAGACCUCAGUUGUUGUGAAAACCAGCUCUCCAGGACUGAAUUCAACCACUCCUGCCCUACAUCAUUGCAGUUCAUUCAUACUAUAAUAUGUAAUGUCAGUCCCCUGAAAAACAAAAUUCUAAAGACAGAAAACUAAAAAUUAAAUAAUAUCAUGGAAAAGGUCGUGUUCCAGAUGUAUUAAUCCAUGGAUCUACAGUGUGGAUGGGUGGUGAAAAUGCAAGUUUCCAUGGGUAAAAUCAGCAAUUAUGUUACCAUGCCAUACCACAGUACUUUGCCACUGUCCUUUGACAUUGUAACCUGAACAUGGCGCUCAC